ACUCCGUGUGUGAGAAAGAUGUCCAUGAAGACAAGGGACCCCAACCAGACUGUGGUGAGCCACUUCUUCCUGGAGGGUCUCAUGUGUACUGCUGAACAUCCUAGCCUCUUCUUUCUCCUCUUCCUCCUCAUCUACAGCAUCACCUUGACUGGGAAUCUCCUCAUUCUCAUAACUGUGGGCUCUGACCCUCACCUCUGCUCCCCUAUGUACCACUUCCUGGGGCAUCCCUCCUUCCUGGAUGCCUGUUUGUCCACAGUGACAGUGCCCAAGGUCAUGGCAGGCCUCCUGACCAAGGACGGGAAGGUGAUCUCCUUUGAGGGCUGUGCCACACAGCUUUACUGCUUCCAUUUCCUGGCCAGCACUGAGUGCUUUCUAUACACUGUCAUGACCUACGACCGCUACCUAGCUAUCUGCCAACCCCUACGCUACCCAGUGGCCAUGAACAGACAGAUGUGUGCGGGGUUGGCAGGGAUAACUUGGGCCAUAGGUGCCGUGCACUCUGCAAUCCACACCGCCCUCACCUUUCACCUGCUCUACUGCGGUUCUCAUCACAUUGCCUACUUCUUCUGUGACAUACCCCCCAUGCUGCAGCUGGCCUGCGCAGACACCACCAUCAAUGAGCUUGUCAUGCUUGCCAACAUCGGCAUUGUGGCAGCAAGUUGCUUGAUCCUCAUCAUCAUAUCCUACGUCUUUAUUGUCAUGGCAAUGCUGCGGCUCCGCACUGCCCAGGGUCACCAGCGUGCCUUCUCCACCUGCACCUCCCACCUCACUGUGGUGCUCCUGUACUACAUGCCCCCUGUAUUCAUCUACGUACAGCCUCGCUCUGCGGGGGCAGGAGCUGGGGCCCCUGCUGUCUUCUACACAAUGGUCACUCCCAUGCUCAACCCUUUCAUUUACACUCUGCAGAACAAGGAAGUCAAACGGACUCUGCAAAGACUUCUGGGCCGAGGCUGCCAAGAGUCUCCAACCAGGAGCCCACCCCCUGACCCUUGUCAUGACUCUUAA